AGAAAUUCGUUCAGGCAUUUCCGUAGACAGCAGUGGGUCUUCCAGUUUCGGAUAAACCCACAGAAGUGCAUAAACUAUACAGUGUGUGCUUGAGUGCUGGGAAUGCAGCCCCCGCUCCCGCCUGCCGCAGCCCGAGAGCUCGUGCGGUUGCACCUGCACGGAGACCCGGUGGCGGCAGACCUCCGCUGCAGCCUGUUCGUGGCCGCUGCCCUGAGCUACAAGCGGGACUCCGUGCUCCGACCCUUCCCGCCGCGCUAUGUCAGCGGGGACAGCAAAGACUUCGAUGCCCUGUUCACUCGGAUUCGGGAGCUGACGGAGUGCGAGGGGGCCUCGCCUCCUGUGCCGGACUUCCUGUUUGAGCUGGAGUACUGCGAGCAGAUGAACGCCCGCUUCGAGAAGACCCGAGGGGAGCGGGACCUCCUCUACGCUUUCCACGGCAGCCGGCUGGAGAACUUCCACUCCAUCAUUCACAACGGUUUACACUGUCACCUGAACAAGACUUCGUUAUUUGGCGAAGGCACUUACCUGACUAGCGACCUCAGCAUGGCUGUCCUCUACAGUCCCCAUGGCAAUGGCUGGCGGGAGAGCCUUCUGGGACCGUUGCUAAGCUGCAUCGCCGUGUGUGAGGUCAUCGACCACCCGGACGUGAAGUGUCAAGUGAAGAGAAAAGACUCUGAGGGCAUUGACCGUCACAGGGCGAGGGCGCGGAACAGCGAAGGGGGUGAGGUACCGCAGAAAUACUUUGUGGUCACCAACAAUCAGCUCCUCCGUGUCAAGUAUCUGCUGGUCUACUCCCGAAAGCAGCACCGCACCAGGCAUACUCAAGGGACGUCCUGGCUGGUCCGAAACCACUUUGCCAUCAUGAUGAGCCUGUACCUGCUGCUGCUCAUCCUUAUCGGUGCCUUCAACUCCACCACCUUCCAGUCCUUCUGGCAUAGACUGUUCCGGUGAGAGGAGACCAGGGCACGCGUCUCUCUCCAUCCCUGCCCGAAGUGCCUUCUCUAAUGCUCAGCAGGACAAUCACACAGGAGACGUGUGGCUUCUUCCCUUAGCAGGAGAGGAAGGAAGUUUCCCCACACCUUAUUUCCUUCAUUUGUCUCUUUUUUUUAAUUGCAAUAUUUCAUAUUUUUGUACAUGUAUCAAUUGUUGGUAUUGGCUGCUCAACCAGCUUGCUCUGUUUAUGCUUCAAGCCCCACGCUUGGUAAGGAGUGGAAAUCUAGCUAAAUUAUAAACAAAGACGUAUAUCAGUCCCAUAUCAGUGGAUAGCCUGGUCUCAUUUCUUUGGCCUAGCUCGGUUCAGAAAACCAUGUCGAUAAAUGUCAGACAGAAAGAUUGUAAGUUUAUUGGCAGUAUGCAAUAAGAUGUCAUUAUGCUUGUCCUUCCAAGGUCCUACCCAAGGGCUCACUGCAUCCUGUCUCUAAAUCUUCUUUACAUUCCAAUCCUCAUUCUUGAACGUAGGCCUAUUCUUAGAAAAAAAACUCAAAUCUAUCCACAACCAUCCCUGGUUAUGUUCUGCAGUCACACUACAUUGCUGUGGCCUUAUUCCUUUGAAAUGAUAGUAUAUGCAAAUAAGUAUUCUGCAAGGACAUGUUCUUACUCUAUCUGCUAAUGUGUGAUUUCAUGCUUACAUACGGUAUGUAGCUGCACAAAUGCAAGGCUAAUCUAAUGUAAAAUGUGACCAGCGCAUCCAUGCUGCUGAGUCAUAAUUGCCACUAGUGAUGCCUGGGUGUGAUAUAAUGUUUUAAAUCUUUGCCCCUGAUCCUUGAUGUGUGAAGACACACUGUUCUUGUGGAACUUUUGUGUCAGAGACAAAGAGACAUCAUGUACUUAAGACUUCAGCUGUCGGGAAGGGCAAUGAGACACCACCACAUUCAGCACUGUAAACACCCCCCCACCCCCUCAAACGACCACAAAAAAUUGGCCAAGGUUGCUGAAAUGUAAUGUAUUCAGUCAUGCCUUGUGUAUAGAAACAUUUAGUGUAUCCUUUUACUUGCACUCUACCUCCAGAUGACACCUGCAGAUGUCUCCUCUCACAAUUUGAAAUGUUGUGAGUUUGGACCAAGACAACCAAUAAGUACUUCCUGCCCACUGUCUCCAGGUCUUCUAAACAGAGGGGUCUCUGGACUUUCUUCAACAUAUAAGUAUGGAUGAAAGCUUAGGUUUUUAAAUAUAAUUAUAUAUAUAAUUUUAAUUCUAUUUUGUCUAAUAUAGUGUGAUAUCUAAUAUAAAAUGGGGGAUCAGAAUAUGUAUAAUUUGGCAUCUAGGACUUCUCUGUGUUUUUUUGUUUUGUUUUUUGUUCUAUGCAAAUACAGGUCCUGUAUCUGCUAUUGCUUACCUAAAAACAGUAAAUCAUUGGUUAGCCAUUUUAUUUUUUUCUUGUGCUGGUUUAAAGACGUCACGAGUUUGCAGCUGUUUGGGCCAUUCAGUCUAAUCACAAAGUUUUGUUAUCAUUCCCUAAUUUAAGGCAAUAUUUUCUUUAUCCGUGCACUGUAUUAUUUUGUUCCUGGCAAACUAGCUGUAAAAAAUGGGAUGAUAAUUCAGUAAAAGUACUUGUGUAUAUUCUUGGACUAUUCUGUUAAUGUGUAAAGUUGUGUGUUAAUGAAUCUUUUCAGGAAGACUUUUACAUUACAUGGAUGGAUGGAUGGAUUUAGCAGAUGUUCAUGGUGUUAUUUUCAAUAUAAUUAUACAAUUUACAAUGAGAA